AUGGUCCGUAUGAUGCAUAUCUCAUUGUUAAUAGAAGCAGUAGUUAGUGUUUCAUCUUUUACUAUCCCAAUGAGCUAGUGUACAUUGGCGUGUGCGUAAGUAAGUCAUAUAAACCAAUCCAACAGUUAUAUUUAUUCAGUUUGGAGGGGUAGAGAAAUCAAAUGGCCACAACGUACACGUGCGUGACCUGUCGAGUUGCGUUUAAGGAUGCAGAGAUUCAGAGGCAGCAUUACAAAACUGACUGGCACAGAUAUAACCUAAAGAGGAAAGUUGCAGAACUCCCUUCAAUCACCGCCGAAGACUUUAAGUGUCGGGUACUUAUUCAACGAGAAAAGGACGACAAUGAUAAUAAAACUACUUCUGUACAUUGUAAAGUAUGUAGAAAAAAUUUCAGCACACAGAAUGCUUUUGAAAAUCAUUUGAAUUCAAAGAAACACAAAGUAGGAAUGUUGGAAUAUCCAAGUACUGUUAGUGAGAAUCAAGUUGACAUAUAUGAAGAGUCCUCAAAAACAGAAUUACCUCCUGAUCCAAAUAAAGUUAAGGGUUUACAACAGUCUUCUGCCAUAAAAGUUAAUUCUGGUAAUUCAGAUAUAGAAGAAGUUGACUCUGAUGAGUGGGAUGAAGAGGAAAAUCCAGUUCUGAAUAAUAAUUGCCUAUUUUGUUCUCACCAUAGUGCUAAUAUGAUUAAAAAUUUGAAACACAUGACUAUGGAGCAUUCAUUUUUCAUACCAGAUGCUGAAUAUGUAAUUGACAUGAAGGGUUUACUUACAUAUUUAGGGGAGAAAGUGUCGCAGGGUUUUAUAUGUCUCUGGUGUAAUGACAGAGGAAAGACUUUCUAUUCUGUUCAAGCUGCACAACAGCAUAUGCAGGAUAAAGGACAUUGCAAGAUGCUACAUGAGGGUGAAGCACUUGCAGAGUAUGCAGACUUCUAUGAUUAUAGUUCAAGUUAUCCAGACCAACAAGAGCAAAAUACAGAUGAAGAAGUGUCCAUUCCAGUUCUUGAUGGGUCAGACUUUCAGCUUGUAUUGCCGUCAGGUGCUACUAUAGGACAUCGAUCUCUAAUGAGAUAUUAUAGGCAAAACAUUGAUCCUAACCAUAGUAUUAUUCCACGUCAGAAGAGGCUGCAAAGAGUUCUAGUACAGUACCGUGCUCUAGGCUGGACUGAGACACAGCAAGAAGCUGCAGUCAGGAAAGCAAGAGAUAUUCACUAUAUGAAGCGAAUUCAGUCUAAAUAUGCAACUAAUCUUGGAGUGAAAGCAAACAAAUUACAAAGACAUUUCAGGCCUCAAGUCAAUUUCUAAUUCCAUUACUACAAGAAUCGUACUGUUGUAUUUCAUCUCAUUGAAAGCUGUUGACUUCAUGUGUCUUUUCUUAAUUUUGUUGUCAUUCAGAUUGGUGAAUGGGCAGAAGCAAUGAUGUUUUGAACAGAAUAUCAUGGUUAUGAGAAAGAUCAUAUACAGUUGAAGUAUGCCACCAAAUUAUCUCAUUUACAUACUUCAGGAGAUUAAAAAUAACAUUCCUUUGCUAAAGUUACAAAUUUCAGUCAUUGGUACACCUUUUCUUGCAAGUGAACAUGUAGAAUCGGUAACACAGAAGGUAAAGGUAAAGUUGUCCAGUGCUUAACAAAUUAAGAAUUACGCAAUGAGAGCUCAUGGGAGAGCGAACAUAUAGAUCCACAUUUUCUUGACCUCGGCACUAAUUGGAGGUGAGUGGUCAGUUCAUGACCCGGUCACUUUACGCGUGGGGAAAGAGCCCCCGUUACUAAUUGAAGAGGAAGCUGUGUGGGCCCCA